AUGCAUUCUCCCGACGACGACGACAACGCCUUCUCUCGGCACGGCCACCACGCUCUCGAGCCCCUCAUGGCUACGUCGCGCGACCAACCCAAUCCGCUACGGCCCUACUACAUACCGCCGUCCAUCGGCCUGCCCAGCGACCCCGUUUCCAAUGCCGCCCCGCGCGCUUCGCCUGCGGCCAAGCCGUCCGCGUCACCACCCAAACCAAGCUUCGGCUCUCAGGCGCGCGAUAUCCUGAACGACCUCGACUAUGGCGUUGACCUGAGCUUGGGUGACGGCAGCCCAACCGUGGCCGAGAUGGCCAAGAAGCUGCUUGACCAGGCGGUUUGGAACUACACAUCGGUGCUCUUCGCGCAGCCCUUUGAAGUCGCCAAGACGGUGCUGCAGCUGCAUUCGCCGCCAUCGGACCAACAGAGAGGCCUGUUGGAUCCUGAAGAUGCGCGAAAACGCGCAGCCGCUUCAGCCCGUGCCCGCUACAACGAGUAUCUCUCGGACUCUGAUUCAGGCGACGACUCUCCUUCCUACUUCUCCUCUGCUGCUCCUCACUCCAACAUUUCGACUGCCUCGCGUUCCGACUCACGCUCUCCGCGCCCGCGCCCUUCGUCCCGCCCAACUCCGCCUAGCCAACCGCUAUCACAUGCCUAUAAGCUUGACCUGAAGCGUUCAGACUCCCUACUAGAAGUUCUCUCUCAGCUAUGGACGAAAGAGGGUGCAUGGGGUGUGUGGAAGGGCACAAACUCGACGUUUGUUUACAACUUCCUACUCAAGACUCUUGAAACUUGGGUACGAAGUUUGCUAUCCGCCCUUCUCAAUGUGCCCGAUCCCGGGCUCUUGGGCGGUUACGGUGUCGGUGGAGGGGGCCUGGAUGUGGUAGAUAGUCCAAACCCCAUCACCAGCCUGGCUGUUGCUGUUGCUGCAGCGGGCAUCACAGGCCUCGUGCUCGCCCCACUUGACAUGGUCCGCACACGGAUUCUCAUGACACCAUCGACCACCGCACCGCGCCAUAUUCUGCCAAAUCUCCGCGCUCUUCCUACCUUCAGCAUCCCAGCACCCCUACUGCCCAUCACGCUUCUGCACUCUACAAUCCCGACUUUCAUCUCCGCCUCGACCCCGCUCUUCCUCCGCUCCUCUUUGCAUAUCGACCCUGUCCUCACGCCCGCUACCUACUCCGUUUGCGCCUUCCUCUCUUCUGCGACGGAGCUCUUCAUCAAGCUGCCCCUGGAAACCGUCCUCCGUCGUGGCCAAGCAAGCAUCCUAACGGAGCACGCCGCGCGCCAGGCCAACUUUUCCGCCUACAGCUCCUUCCGCUCUUCAUCGUCCAGCCGACAGUCCCGCUCGCGCAGCCCGAUGAAGCGCUCGCAGGCCCCGCUCCAGCCUGAACCCCUUCCUACCGUCGUUAACGUCGGUCCGUACCGCGGCGUGCUGGGGACCAUGUGGUACAUCGUACGCGACGAGGGUAGCACCGGGCCGGGUCCCGGAGCGCCGCCCGUUGCACGCACGACCGCGGCCGGCGUAGUCAGGUACCAGCAGCAGAAACAGAGCAAGGGCCAAGGUGCGGUUGGUCUGGUGCGCGGCUGGAGAGUCGGAUUUUGGGGGCUUGUUGGAGUAUGGGGCGCGGCUAUGCUAGGGGGAAGCGGUGGCGGUGAGUUUUAG